AUGCCCUGGUUCUUUGUUGGGUACCAACAGGGCUGCAGGCUCCUUGGGUCCGAGGCCAAGGACUUAGUCCAGGUUAUUGCAGGCUUCUCUCUUUAAUCCCUAAUGUGGGAUGUAUUACUGUCGGAGGCUGGGGACUGAGGAAGCGUACAGUUUGGAAUGGUUCAUAGCCAGGAGAUCCCUCACCCAGUGACCCAGGGCUACUGCUCUCAGAUCAGCUCUACUCUGCGUCCACACCUGUAUGCAUGUUCUGACUGUUCUGUUGGGCAAAACUCAUGGGUAAUGUGACUGGCAUGAGCACUGUAACUGUAACAUUGAUGCAAACGCAUGACAUUUUGUCAUCGUGGUACUAUAAUAUUCUCUCUUGUCGUCGCCCAUGUAGGUAUCUUUCCGUCUGGAGUUUGAGUUCAGCCGAUCAGUGUUCCUGGACCACGUACGAGUCAUUCUAGAAGCCAGCAGGUGAGGACUCACUAAACCGCUUCAAAUAUUAAGCCGUUUUUUAAUAACUUUGUCUGAUAGAUACUAUUUUUACAGUUAUAAUCAGUGAGAUAAUGAGCUAAUGUUCUUAGCUCAGGAGUUUCGGCUCUCCUGACUUUCCUAGUGUCAAACAUACUGCAUCUCUCAACAAUGAACUGAUUCAUCACGCUAACCACAGACUACAGAUCCACCCAGUGAGAAGUAGGAUAUUGACAGAAAUAUGCUCUCGUCUCUGAAAUAUGCUCUCGUCAUCCAAGGGUCAAUUGGCAUGCAGUCCCAUUGGGUUGUGAGUUUGACAUGUCAGAAUAGUUGAAAUGCUUUAAAUGCUUUUUUUCUGCAGUGAUGGAGAGGAGGUUACCUUAGCAGACAAUUUCAACGACAUCUUUCACCCGCUGAAAUACGAGGCUGACCUCCUAUUUACAAGGUUUGUCUUUCUCACAAUGUCCUCUCUAACGUUCCUUCUCCUUCUGUCAGUCUCCUUAAAUAAACUCUUGUAAAAUAAACAGCUAACUAGCAUAUUGUAUACAAUUCCCUGUCACUGGAACUGACGGAUUCAAUGUUGAUUUAGUGUUGCACAGACAUAAUGGCAAACGUUAGAUAUACAGUAUACAGAUAUACUGUACAUGAUAUACUGUAUCACCUUCCUUUCUCCCUAAAGGGACUCCAACCCCUCUCGCUGUGAAAUCAAAGCAGACCUCUCGCUGGAGGUACCGGGAAAUAUUGGCCCUCCAUUCAACUUCACCUUCCAGGUGAGGACCAAAUGUCACAACACACAGGGUUGCGGCACAAUCAUACAGCAACCACGCAACAAUCAAUUGUCUUUACAGUGUAGAAAUACUGUAUAUUGCAAUUACAUCACAAAAUACCUUGCUUGAGUUAAGACUGAAUAAGCGUUCUAUAUUUUUCACAGAUCCAGAAUCUGGGCUUCUUUCCGGUGAGGGACCUGCAGUUGAAUAUAGAAAUUCCAGAGAUGACCAAAAACGGGAACCAGCUGUUGCAGAUAUCGGACUUCAAUAUUGACCAGGUGAGAGGACUUGAAAAUCUAGCAAAGGUCUGCUUCCUUUGAGAGACCACCAAGUGUGUACUUAUACUGUCUCCGUUCUAACAGAGAUGUCAUUCUGUCUCCUUAGACAGACGGUACCCGCUGCAUACCCCCUCAACAUGUGGCACAGAGCAGGGCGUCCCCAGAAGACCUCUCUCGAGUCUCACGCCUGGUAAACUACCCACACCAUAUGAUUGCAACUAUCUUACCUAAAUAAUGGAACAUUCUUAACUAACAAGCUUGUGUUUGGUCUCUAUGCAGAACCACUCCAAUACUCUGCCUCUGCCGGUCCAAUGCACUGUCAACCUGAACCCCUACAGGGAAGUCAGCGUCAGAAUCAGGGGGGCAUUACGGUUGGACGCCUUGCAUGCUGUGAGUAUAUCACACACACACACACUACUAAACCUACACUCCUUGAGCAUGUCCAUGAGAAGUAACUUCCUGUUGUGUUCAUUCACCCUCUCUUACACCAUCAGCUGAGGUUCAAAGUCCUGGAACUGGUGACGAGCGCAUCAGUAGAACUUCCACCUUCAAGCCCCAUGUUUCUUCAUGAAGAAAGGCCUGUCAGACAUGUGAGUACAAAUAACUCCAAGUCAAGACACACUUCAGUGCAUAACCUUUUCUAUUGAGUCAUUCAUUCAUUCAUUCAUUCAUUCGAUUGAAAACCUGUAUUUUCAGUAGCAGCCUGUCCAAAAGCCUAGACUACUUUUCACUGUAGUUGCAGUUUAUGUUCUACGAAUAUGCUUAUUGGCUCCUAAUAGCUAUGCAGAAUCCUCACAGCCAAGGCUGUUAUUCUAACACACAUUAUUGACUGCAUGGUGCUUAAGGACCGAAAGGACCAGCAGCAACACGUGUAGUGUAGCCCUGUGCGCCCAUUCACUGCUCUUUGCUGCCAUCUACAGGCCAAUAUUUACAGUUAAGCAAUAACCAGUCACACAAAGUUGUAUAUGCACUCAACUCAACGCUCUUAGAAGCACAUCCAGUUCCUUUCAUCUCUGUUUUUGACGAGACUCCACGGGGAAGGAGAGCAGGGAAUCAUUUGUAUUUUGAAUGCAUCAUUGCUGAGAUGGAAUUCCAGCAAAAACAGUGAUCCACACAAGAUGACACCAUGUUAACACUGACCCAUAAAUAAGCAUCACGCAAGAUAGAUCUGCAUAUAUUUGAGCUUUAUAGGCACCUGUUACUUUCACAAACCCUAGAAUCUGCCCUUUGGAAGUCUUCCAAUGGUACAAAACAGCGACAUGUAGUAAGAUUCCCGACAGUUAACAUAAUCUGUUGCAGUCUAUGGCGUGUAAACUGAACUAGGAUCAGCUUUUGUUAUUUGAUCGGGGUGCCAUUUUGUCUUGUUUUGGGUGCUCGUUCCCACAGAUAAUCCUGGAGAUUAGGAAAGAAGGGGAUUACAGAAUCUCAAUCUGGAUUAUCAUUGGGAGCACGCUGGGAGGGUUGUUGCUGCUAUCCCUGCUCAGUCUAGCUCUAUGGAAGGUAAGCCCUGCCCUACUGCCCUGGAGCUCUCAUCAUGUACAAACAUUACAACACACAUGAUGAUCAAAAUGUCCAUGAUACAUUUAUAUGAUAUCUGGAUAGUGCAUUUACAGCAACAGGAUUUGUGUUUGUUUAUACUAGAUAGAUUAUUGCCAGAUUGCACCUGUAAUUUUUACUGUCCUGGAUUGCAGAAGGGACAGUGAGCAUAGUGUGCCAUUUCAGGUGGACUCAGGCUCUUUCUCUAAAUUCAGUAGGAGUGUUCUAACUGACUGAUGUCUAGACAGUUGUAACUGCAGUGUUAUUUAUUGGACAACACUGCCCUCUUCUGGCAAAGAAUGAUUGUACAUUAUUGUAUGUAUUUUCCCACUAAGAAUCAGCAUGCCCAACACUGAUAAAGCCAGUUGAGAUUGUUUCUAGGAAAAUGAUCUAGUAGUAUCUAUGCCUCUCAAUCUCACUUCUCCUUCCUCCCUCCUCCUCCUCUAAGCUUGGCUUCUUCCAGAGGCAGAAGAGGAGAGAAGAGGAUGAGCAGGAGACCAAUGGAAAGGAGGAGGCGGAGGAGCGGUAACUAAUGCAGGCGAGGGACCAGCUAUCACACACACAGGGGACCCAACACUCAGGGACCGCCCCAUCCCCCCGCCCCGACACUACAGUGGUACAGUCCAGACGGCUCUGCAAGAUGAGACCGUCAGAUCAAGACCUGCUCAGUGCACUGGAUGACCAACUGUACCUGUAUGACCCAUGAUGAGACGUCAGCACUGCCAACCAUAAUGCCCUGCCCUCCACUGCCCUGCCCUCCACUGCCCUCCACUCCACUGCCCUCCACUGUAGUGCUGAGACUACUGGACCCUCCUCACCUCCCCUUCCCUGCCCCUUGUUACCCACCUCUAACCUCUACCCUGUAGCUAGACACCCUUCCCCAUGGUUACCCACCUCUAACCUACACCCACCCUGCCCCUGGUUACCCACCUCUAACCUCUACCCACCUUCCCCCUGGUUACCCACCUCUAACCUCUACCCACCCUGCCCCUGGUUACCCACCUCUAACCUCUACCCUGUAGCUAGACACCCUUCCCCAUGGUUACCCACCUCUAACCUACACCCACCCUGCCCCUGGUUACCCACCUCUAACCUCUACCCACCCUGCCACUGGUUACCCACCUCUAACCUCUACCCACCCUGCCCCUGGUUACCCACCUCUAACCUCUACCCACCCUGCCCCUGGUUACCCACCUCUAACCUCUACCCACCCUGCCACUGGUUACCCACCUCUAACCUCUACCCACCCUGCCACUGGUUACCCACCUCUAACCUCUACCCACCCUGCCCUUGGUUACCCACCUCUAACCUCUACCCACCCUGCCACUGGUUACCCACCUCUAACCUCUACCCUGUAGCUAGGCUAUGGCACCCUUCCUCCUGA